ACUAAACUGGUAGUCCCGGUAGUCUUAUCAGCAAAGAGCGGGGAAGACCAACCUGUAAUUGCUUCUGCAAACUUCAUUUCACUUCUCCAUGGAAGCCUCCACCGGACCUCCACGUCUUCCCUCAAUAAACAUCGACAAGUUAAAGCAAAAUCUCCUUCAAAAAGGCGUCAACCCAACUCCAAAAAUCAUCCACACACUCCGCAAAAAAGAACUUCAAAAAUUCAACAGACGCCUUACCAAACAAGCCUCUAAAGAACCCCCACCACUCACAGAAACCCAAAAACAAACCCUAGCCGAAGAAUCAUAUUUCCAUGCCGUUAAGUCAGAGUAUAAAAGCUUUAAGAAAGCAGUGAAUGCUAAAAAUGAUGAAAGAAUAGUGGGAAAGCCUUGGGAGAAGGUUGAGAAACUCAAAUUGCAAGAGAUUUGUAGUGAGAGUAAAGUGUAUUCUGGUGAUAAAUUGAAUUCUGAGCAUCUUUGGGAGCUAAGUGAUAUAAUUGAGAGUGAAAGAGAUAAAUUUUCAUGGCUUUUGGAUAGUGAUGUUGAAAUUAAACAAGGAUGGUUUGAUAAUGAAAGGGCUAACUGGGAUUACAGACAACGCCGUAGAGGCGAAGCUGAGAUAAUUCGGUUUAUCAUUGAUAGAUUGAGUGGGACGGAACUAAGUGUGAAGGAUUAUAAGUUUUCUAAGUUGAUGAAACACUCUGGAUUGCAGUAUACUGAGGAGCAAAUGCUGAGGUUAGUGGAAGGGCUUGGUGAAAAGGGACAGUGGAGACACGCAUUGUCUGUUGUACACUGGGUUUACAACUCUAAGGAACAUAGAUGCAGCAAAAGCAGGUUUGUGUACACAAAACUGUUGGCAGUUCUAGGGAAAGCAAGGAGGCCCCGUGAAGCUCUUCAAGUUUUCAAUUUGAUGAGAGGGGAUGCCUAUAUUUACCCUGAUAUAGCAGCCUACCAUAGCGUGGCAGUUACACUUGGCCAAGCUGGUUUGCUCAAAGAGUUGAUCAACAUCAUUGACUGCAUGAAGCAAAAACCCGAAAAAUUAAAGUACAUGCGGAGGAAGAAUUGGGACCCUGUUCUUCAACCGGAUAUUGUGGUAUAUAAUGCUGUUUUAAAUUCUUGUGUACCAUCCCGCCAGUGGAGGGGAGUGUUCUGGGUUUUUGAGCAGUUGCGAAAGAAUGGUGUUAAGCCAAAUGGGCCAAGCUAUGGACUUGCAAUGGAGGUAAUGUUGCAAUCUCGAAAAUAUGACCUUGUCCAUGAGUUUUUUGGAAAGAUGAAGAGAAGUGGGGAAGCCCUAAAAGCUCUUAGUUACAAAGUUCUUGUAAAAUCUUUAUGGGAAGAGGGGAGAGUCAAUGAAGCCAUUCAAGCAGUGAGGGAAAUGGAACAAAGAGGAGUUGUUGGAAGCGCCUCAGUGUAUUAUGAGCUGGCUUGCUGUCUUUGCUACCAUGGGAUGUGGAAAGAAGCAUUCUUGGAGAUUGAGAAGCUGAAAAUGCUACGACACACAAGACCUUUGGCUGUUACCUUUACUGGCAUGAUUUUUUCAUCCAUGGACGGUGGACAUGUUGAUGGUUGUAUAUGUAUAUAUGAGAACAGUAAAAAACACUGCGAACCCGACAUAGGAAUCAUAAAUGCCAUGUUGAAGGUUUAUGGAAAGAAUGAUAUGUUCUUUAAAGCUAAGGAAUUAUUUGAGUGGGCUAAGACAGAAGAUCCCGGUCCUCAACUUUGCCAGGGUAAUUUGAGUUCUUCUCGUAGGCUAGAUGCAUAUACAUACACCUCGAUGCUUGAGUCCUCGGCUUGCUCUCUCCAGUGGGAAUACUUUGAGUAUGUGUACAAGGAGAUGGCUUUAGCUGGGUAUCACCUUGAUCAAAGCAGACACGCGAACCUCUUGGUGGAAGCAUCAAAAGCUGGGAAGGUGCAUUUGCUAGAGCAUGCCUUUGAUGCAACACUGGAAGUUGGUCAAAUACCUGAUCGAUCAUUCUUCUUUGAGAUUCUAUGUCAUGCUACCUGUCAACAUGAUCAUGCAAGAGCUGUUGCUCUAAUUAAAUCAAUGGUUCAUGCUCCAUUUCAAGUCAGUUUCCAACAGUGGAUUGACCUAUUCAACAGCAACGAUGAAAGAAUUAGCCAUUCUAGUUUGAGAGGAUUAUUAGAUGUGCUAUGCAGCCAGAGUUUGGGAUCAGACACGACCAUUGUAAAUUUGCGCAGGGCAUUGGAAUCUCUUUGUGGAUCUUGCACUUCAAGAGUGCUUUUAAUCGACGAACCUGUUGAAUCUGCAACAGAUGUCAGUGCUAAUACAGAUGAAUUUAACCUUCAGCAUGUUCAAGUUGAUGAAGAUGAUUGUAGUAAUGAAGCCUAUGAUGAGAGAGAAAAGGUUGCCGACAAGGAGUUAGUUUCGGAUUUGUCAAACUUAAGUCCCAGAGUAGAUGAGAGAUCUAGGACAAACACAAUCUUUGAGCUUUCUGAUGACGAAUUAACUUUUGAUGACCAAUUUGAUGAGUUAGAUGAUAUCGACGAUCAGUUAGGACUCGGGAUGUCUAGUGAUGAAGAUGACAACUCUUGUGAAACCAAGGUUCCCUCAGCGAAUGAAAUAUUAAAGACUUGGGAGGAUAUGAGGAAAAAAGAUAAUACAUUCUUCACCUUUCAACUAGGCCAGAUGUGAGUUUUCUUUCACAGAAAUUGCUUCUUCCUUAUGAUAAGCCUCCUUGCAAUGAUGCUGUAGAUUGACUAUGAUAAAGGGUUACAGGAAUUUCAACCUUGUAAAAAUGUAAUGUAGCAGUGAGAUAGUUGAAGCGUAUGGGGUGUGAUAUUAUAUGAUU